UCGACAGGUGGCUCCUCGCCGCCUCUCUUUCCUCCUGCUGAAUAUGCCGGACGACGAUGAACACGGAAUUCAAUCUGCAUGGUGAGCGAGAAGUGGAACAACUCGAAGUCCGGCUGAGUGGUAGCAGGACGCGGUUGUAUUUGAAAACUGUUGAGAGUUCGCGAUGUGCUUUUAUAGGCCCGAAUAUAAUCUCCACUAUUUUAGUUAAAUUUGUGAAUGUAUGUAAUGAUUGCAGCUUGAACUAUUUUAAAAUAAAAGCGUGCGAAACGGUUUGCAGUUCCUCAUCUAUGAAAAUGGGAAAUGAUUUCUGUGCAGCCACGGAACUCUAGAAUCAGUGGAAACCCACAAAGUGAGCAUUAAUGUAUUUUAUCGAAUUUAGUUUAUUCGCUUUUUUACGAAAAAGGUGGAAAAUAUUUUUAAUUUCCUAAUAUAAACGUAAAUAUUUGUUCAUACUUUCCAGGAAAUAAUAUUUUGCUUGGAAGCUAAACAAAAAGCAAAAUAUUCUGUUUAUUAUUAGCAUGAAAGACUAUUCUCAGUUGUUUGUUUAUGAAAAAGUGGCACCGCAAGCGAACAUACUUUAAAUUCAUAAAUAUGCAAUAGACGUUUUCUUUCCACCCGUAAGAAGAAACCAUCUUGUACUCACAUUUGAAGGUAUCCUGUUUAUGGGUUCAGUCGAUUCCAGUUCCAGCAAAAACAUAGCUAUUAAUAUCGUUCGUAGCGCAUUUCUGCCAACCAUUCAGGAUAAUUGAAACUCCAUUCAUGAACGAAUAUUACAUAAAAUUGAAUAAUCACCAUCAACUUAAAAUUCACUAAAAUGAUGAAUUUUUAUAUUCAUUAGCAUUAAUUAUGGAGGACUAUUUUCCUUAUAUGAGUGAGUUAUGUUAAUUGGGAUUGAAACAUUAAGCGUAUAACUUUAUUAUGGAACAUUGCCGAAAUUCGAAGGUUUCUCUUACUAAUGUACUAAAAAUAGCUGAUUUCAAAGAUGAAUUUAGCAAUUGCCUUUUUUUAAAGUCGGUGAACAUGUCAUGAAUGAAUGUAGUUAAUUCAAUAGUUUCAAUCCUUUCGUGUCCGGAUUUUUUCAAGAGCAUUAUGAUGAAUAGAAAAACUUUAAUCAUAAAAAGCAUAUCUUAUUUGCCUGCCAUAUGAGCUUCUCUACGGAUACAGUGGUCAGCGAAAGACCAUACCAGGACGUCAUAGCCAUCAAUGACAUUUCCGACUUGUUGGAGUUGGAAGCGAUCAGAAGGAGAAGACACGCCGCAGAAAAUGAAAAGUACAACCAUCAUGGAUGGAUUGAAGAUUUGGCAAACGAUAGAAAUCCGCAUCGCACUUCAAAUUUGUUCAAUAAUCACUGGGCUCCUGGCGGAGAGCCUGCAGCUAAAGGGUCACAAACCGGCGUUCUGGAUGCUAAUGUAUACGCCACGAAGAAAACCAUAGCACAAGGCUUGCUAGAUGUGGCCCUGCUAACAGCAAAUGCAUCGCAACUCAAAUACUUAUUGCAAGUUGGAAAAGAGCACGAAUUUUAUUACGUUAUGAUGACUCUAAUAAGCCUUUCCAUUAUUUUACAGAUGUGCCUGGGAUCUGUCCUCAUCCUCAAGGGCCAUUGUGACAUCAAUGAAGCUUCCCAGCAAGCCAGAGCAGAAAAACUCAACGACGCAGCUGUUUGGAUUGUUUUUGCAUCAACUGUAGUCCAUGCUUUCCUUUCUGUGUUCCACAUCAACCCCCCAGAGCAGCUACCUUUCAGCGCCUACUAUCUUAAUAGCACAAGUCCAACCACGAUAAAUCCAACAGAAGACUAUGAUACAGAAUCAUAGCACAUCUUGUAGCAAUCAAGAGUAUACAUCGAGCCAAACUAAUUUGCUACAAAUUAUUUAAGUAUAUGUGAGCUAAUUCAUUGUUCACAAUUCAUGAAUGGAUAGUUUCAAAGAUGUUAUUGAAUUAAUCCGAAGUGUCAUGCAACCGUAAUUGAUUUGCUCGAAGCAUAACAUUAAUCAACAAAGUGCAUUGAUCCAGAGGUGUUCAUUCGUAACAAAAAUGAUCCAAGAUAUUGUGCUGUGAUAUCACGAAGCAUUUUGAUUGUAAGCGUAAGAUGUUAUUACAAAAUUCAUUUUACCUACCUGAUUACAGGGGUAAACUUGAUAUAAAAUAACAAGCAUUACGUUGUACAGGGUUCAUUACAACCUAAUGGUGAAUUUUUCAUAUUGUUUUUGUAAAAUAUCCUACGAAAUUAUUAAGGGCUGAAAAUAUUAAGAUCUAGUCAACUAAUUUAAGCAAAAACUCUUAAAAUAACGGUUUAAUUAAGAUCAUGGAAUGCCCUCUCAUGUCUGUUUUAGAAUAAAAGUCGAACUCUUACAUAAGUGUGAUGGAAUCCGUUUCAUUCCGUGUAACUCAUAAGUGUGGUGGAAUCCGUAUAAUGUUGAUUAAUUCACUUUUUUCUCACAAAUAUCAGUGAAAAAUUUUGAAAUUAUCAGUCAAUGAACUAUCAAUACGAUGUAUGCAGACAUAUGAAUAGUAGACAUUAUAUGAUUAGUGGCUGAUCAUUAAACAUCCAAUCCAAAACAUUUCUCGAUAAGUUCGAUAAGAAAUUUAACUACGAGAACUAAGUCUGUUUAUCUUCAUCACUUGACAGUUUUAGUGCCAUAUAUUACUUGAGCUACAAAAGCUUUAAUUUAAGAAAUCUAAUUAAGAUCUUAUAUAACAAUAGGGUUCAAAUGGUAUACAAAUUCUACCAUGCGAUAUAAUUUGACGUCGUGAAUCACCAUCAAAAUAUAUUACGCAAAUUUCGACGCUGAAACAUUUAUUCAAAACUAUAAUUGAUAAUUAUGAUUGAUAUGGUGGACUAACUGUAUUUGUUUGUGAAAUUUAUUGUUGGAUAAAAACUAUCAUUCUUAUAUCAUUAUUCUUAGAUCAACAAAACAUGGAUUUUUGUUAUGAUUAAAAUUAUGAUCUUUUCCUUUUUAAAAAAUGCAUAUUUUAUAAGUAGAUAAUACGAUAUUUCUGCCAAAUACUGAAUAAUUGAAUGAACAAUUAAUAACUAAUGAGAACAAUGACGCACAAAUCUUAACAAAUAGUUAAAAAUUAUUAUUUUAUGGAAGGUUUGUGUAAACUAAAAACUCCUAUGAACAUUCAGAUCUUCUAACACAAAGUUAUAUUACAUUUCUUGAUAUUAAAAAGAUUUUUUAUUGCUGAUUGUAUACUUUGUUUACCCAUUUUCGUCUUGAAGGUGGUAGUUCACCUUUUGUAAAACUUAUAUUGCAUAGAUACUUACGCAUUAUCGCAACCAUCUUGGCGCAGUUUGGCGAAUUUUAAGGAAGAACAAUUACUUUUAUUGUAAAAAAUUAUAUAUUACAUACAUAUUCUACAUUUCAACUAUAUAUUUAUCCCAAAAUACAAUCCGUAAACCUAGUUACAAACGGAUUUUUGUUUUUGUAGUAAACGAAAUUUCGCAGCGAUCGCCUUGAAAAAGAAUUCGAAGCAUAGUUCCUUUAGAAAUUUUGACAAUAACAUAUUCCUGCAGAAAUUUCACCUGUGUCUCUCCUAUUAUAGGAAAAUCAUACAAGCACAAAUUUUAAAAUCGAGUAUAAGACAAAAAUAAUUAUAACUUUUCUAUAAGGAGCCGUUGAAACUCGGAACACAACAAAAACAACGCAUACGAAAUUGGCGACGUUGGAAAAAAAAUAUUUGUCAUGCGCAUGGUUACCUGCGUAAUUAUUAUGUGAGUAAUUACCAGACUUUCAUAUAUUCUGAAGAUUUGGCAAUUUCUAAUAAAGGUUGGUUGCGAUAAUACGUAAGUACCGUUUCAUGUUACAGGUGUUGGUUCAUCAUGGGAUUCAGUUGCACAAUUUUAUUUCAGUAUUAUCCAAAACUGUUCAUAUAUUAAAAUCUUUUGAAUUUUAAAUAAAGUUUGAAUAACGA